GACGCAGUGGGAGCGUGAACAGGGCAAUGAAUGCAGUGAAGAACAGUGAACAGAUGCCAGAUCAUGAGUCCAGCAUGAGGAAGCCUGACCUUCAUCCCUGCUCAAACACAGAGCACAAGAACGUCCUGCAGCUGAGACUCCAGCAGAGGAGGACGCGAGAGCAGCUCGCUGACCAGGGCAUCAUGCCUCCCUUGAAGAGUCCGGCUGCGUUCCACGAACAGAGGAAAAGUCUUGAGCGAUCCAAGACUGGAGAUUAUUUAAAACACAAAAUCAGAAGUCGACCAGAGAAAUCAGAGCUUGUCAACAUGCGUAUUCUACAAGAACCCGCCGCCGAAGGUCCCGCACACGACUCACAGACCAAACUAAAGCGAGCCAGACUGGCCGACAACCUGAAUGAGAGAAUCGCUCUCAGACCUGGCCCGCUGGAGCUGGUGGAGAAGAACAUCAUUCCUGUCCAUUCCACUGUUAAAGAAGCAGCUAUGAAAGGUAUCGGAGCAAAGCACAGUGACAGGGCGUCCGGUGAACAGCAGUCAUCAUGUGCGUCCAGCAUCCAGACCAGCAGCAGCUCCUCGUCUCCAGUGAAGAGCAGCUACUGCAACCCGUCCAUCAGCCCCGUCAGACCCGGACCGCUGCCCGCCAAUCUGGACGACCUGAAGGUGUCUGAACUCAGGCAGCAGCUGCGGAUCCGCGGUCUGCCGGUGUCUGGCACUAAGACGGCGCUCAUAGAGCGCCUGCGGCCCUUCAAAGACUCUUCUCCGGCCACUUCUGCAGACGUCAGCGCAGCCGCAUUCCCCGUGACGCCCACUGGAUCGCUCUCGUCCUACCAGUCGCACGGCGCCGGCUUCUACCCGUUCUGUAGCAGCGGCUCCACACCGCCCAUCUCUCCGGCCUCAUCCGAUCUCUCCGUCAGCGGCUCGCUGCCCGACAGCUUCAGCGACGUCACCAUGUCCUCGCCGCAGUUCGGCCUGCAGCCGUCGCCGGCACAGCUGAGCGCAGACGAGGGCCAGAGCAUGCUGGGACCGGACGCCGAGAAGGACAAGAUGCUGGUGGAGAAGCAGAAGGUGAUCGAGGAGCUGACGUGGAAGCUGCACCAGGAGCAGAGGCAGGUGGAGGAGCUGCGCAUGCAGCUGCACAAGAGGAAGCGCAUGCAGGACUGUCCCGCUCCGCCGCAGCACAUGAUGCAUCUGCAGCCUCCUGCGCAGAUGCAACAGUUCUACGGCGUGUCCGUCAAGCAGGAGCAGGUGGCGUCCAGCUGUCCUCUGGCUGCCAAGCAGAUGAAAGGCAGCUGCAUGGCUCACUGUGAUCUGCACGCUGCGCCGCACUGCAGGGGGCCGCCGUCAUCUGCAAGCCCCGCCGGCCUGUCUGCGUUCCUGAGCCCUCAGUGUUCUCCUGAAGAGUCGCCCCUCACCAAACCCUCCAGCAGCCCCUCGUCCCCCGGCCAGCCGUACCUGCUGAGAGACUCACACACACUGCCUCAGAGCGCAAGCAGAGCCGCACGCAACAUACAGUUACAGCAGAAGAGUGCGGGACAGACGGCGAGCUGCUCGUAUCCGUCAGAUCAGAGAAACCUGCAGCCGCUUUACCAUCAGAAUCCAUCAGACAACAGCCUCAGCGCCAGAGGAUCCACCAAAGCCAAGAGCAGCGGCAUGCAGCAGAAAGAGGCUCUGUCUCUCUCUCCGCGGCAUGUUGAGCCCAAGUCUCCCACAUCCAGCACUGCCUUCUGUAGCUCAGAUCCCCCUGCCUCCGGCAGUAAAGGGCCGCCGUGUUAUGAGGAUGCAGUGAAACAGCAGAUGUCGCGCAGCCAGCAGAUGGAUGAGCUUCUAGACGUCCUCAUCGAGAGCGGAGAAAUGCCUGCUAACGCCAAAGAAGAGAGGUUUCCUGUAACCAAAGUUGUGCCUCACCUUACAGUUUCGCCCAAGUUCCACCGACACUACAGUCACAUGUCGCCCUCCAUGCUCGCUUACGAUCACGCGGCGGCUCACGGAGAUGCUCAUCUGGAGGUGCUGCUGAGUCCCAUGAGCCGGACGCAAGGAGACGCGGCGCUCCUGAAGAUGCCCGCCGAGGACGGACGCUUGGAGGCGGGUGAUGGAUUCAACAGCCGCGACAUGAUGGACACGCCCGUAUCGCCCAUGGCCGGAAAGAUCUCCGCGGUUGCCGCCGAGGGUCACGGCCUCGGAAUGACCUUCGCGGAGUCACCGUGGGAGACAAUGGAAUGGCUGGAUCUGACUCCGCCCAGCUCCGCCACCGCCUUCCACAACGGCCUGCCACCGUCCGGGCCGAGCAUCUUCAACACGGAGUUCCUGGAUGUGACCGACAUCAGCCUGAACUCGGCCAUGGACCUGCACCUGGAGCACUGGUGAGGAGAAACAUCACGUCCACACCCAGAUCUCCAGAUCCAGUGUUUGAUACUGUUUUAUCACGUUCCAUCAAAACUUGAAUUGUUUUGUCUGUGGAUUCUGGCAAAGAGUGUUUUGAUUACUGGAAACAGAAAGAUGCUCCAAAUGGAAUUGGAUUCAAACCGAGACGUCCGUACCAUCCACUUAACACUUCUUUAUUUUGUCUGCACAUUUGUGGUGUGGGAAAAACACAUAUUAAUGCAUCACACUAGUAUAUCACGUGUACUCUCUUGUGCUGUUGUAAAUAUGAAUUCACACUUGCACCUUGAGCUUACAGUAGGAUGUCACACUUUUUAUGAGCAUUUCAUUCUUUCCCGUCAUCUUCAUGCCAUUAAUUUAUUUUGAGAGCACAAACAUUUGGUUUUUAAACGUGAUACGGAAGCCUGUUUCCAUCAUGGGAUAAAAAAAUAACGGUAAUUGCGU